CAGGUAGGGAGGUAGAAAAUGGAGGUAAGAGCCGCCGGUUCAGGGAAACUCUAAUUGCUGAUUGAGUCUCCCAAGUGGAAGAUAUUUGAUGAUAGCUCUGAAUCAAAGAAAGCAAAUGCUGAGACCUCUGUCCAGAGCACUGGUCCAUUCACCAAAUAUUUGACUUAUGGUCACCUUGCUUCCUAGCAGUAAUUGUAUUGAGAGGAAUAAAUCAAAAAAAAAAAAAAAAAAAAAAAAGGAAAAGGAAAGAAGGAAGAAAGGAAGGGAGAGACUCACAAGAUGAAAUCCUGUCAAAAAAUUGAAGGAAAACCAGAAAAUGAGAGUGAACCAAAGCUUGAGGAAGAGCCAAAGCCUGAGGAAAAGCCAGAGGUGGAAGAAGAGCCAGAAGAGGAGGAAAAAACGGAAGGAACUUUUAGAGAAAGACUGAUUCAGUCUUUGCAGGAAUUUAAAGAAGAUAUACACAACAGGCAUUUAAGCAAGGAAGAUAUGUUUAGAGAAGUGAGUGAAAUAGAGGAGAUAAGGAGAGUAAGAAACAAACUUAUAGUGAUGCGUUGGAAGGUUAACCGAAACCAUCCUUAUCCCUAUUUAAUGUAGUUUGCCUUGAUUUUAUUUUUUUCUGAUAUUAACAUUGCCAUUUAGCUUUCCUUUGAUUUGCAUUUUCUUGAUAUACCUUUUUCCAUCUUUCUACUUUUAAUUUGUUGCUAUUAGUGAUUUUAGAUGCAUUUCUUGUUAACCUGCAUCUCAUUUUUAUCAUAUUUUGAACAAUACACAAGUCUCUGCCUUUUAAUAGGAGAGCUUUACUCAUUUGUACAAAAAGAGGUUCCUGACAGGAUAUAAAAUUAAAAAAAAAGUUACUAAGUAAUAUGUGAAUAUCAUAUUUUUGAAAGAAAGAAUACAUUGUAUAUUACCUAUAUGCACAGAAAAAUGUGUGAAGGAUGAAAGACAAAAAGUAAAAUCAUUUGUAGGAUUAUGAGUAAUUUUUUACUCUGCUUAUUUGUAUUUUUUCUUAUUCCUAGAAUGUA